AUGUCUUCAGACCAUAAAUACGAACAUCUACCAUGGAAUACCAACGCAAAUUUAAACGAUAACUAUUCCGACGAUACAAUAUUCCAAAAAGGAUUGACUAGCGGCGCCUUACACGCACAUCCAUGGUCAAGUUCAAACACACUGGCGGACCAGACCAAUAGGAUACCAGACCAAAUCGGUAUAUCCCACACGCAGAGGAAGCCGGUGCCGAGCUUGCAAGUAUCGUACACUCAACCAAAACCUGGGCCGCAAGUGGUUAGCACUCAUGUAGAUCCCACAAUUAACAAGCCUCCUAGUAAUGGAAACCAAGGCCAACCCCUGGACCGCUUUCUUCUUCGGGCGGUACUUUCCAUUGUGAUCCCGCUCACUUUAGUAUCAUAUUAUACGCUCACAUAUCUAAGAUGGCUGAGAUACUCAGAAGAAAGUGGAGAAGCAUGGGUCAUCAGGGGCUACUUGGACAAUGCUGAACUUGUCAACUAUUCGUGGUUCGUGUUGGCAACCUUCGGUCUAAAUUUGGGGACGUAUUGUAUAUCUGGAUCGGUCGCUUCGAUGACUAUGGCAAAGUGGUGGUCGCCUGCAAACUCUAGAAUAUUACUAGAGCUGGCAGCUAAUAGUUUCGCGGACCCGAGCAAUUGGAUCAAAAAUAUCUUUUUAAUGAUUAAAAAAAGAUCUUUCCUUGGGCAAAGUAACGGCCGACUCUGGAACAUGUUAACCUUUCUGAACAUGAUUGGAUUCAUCGCUUGGCCGUUGACCGGUCUGACCAUGCAAACAGUCGACGGAUUUGCAAUCGAUUUUAAGAACGGUCCAACCGGUGGGAAUGUUCUCGGUAGAAAUGAGACAAGCUUUAAUCAGAGAUCCGGACAAGACUUUUUAGAUCGCGAGACUAACGGUAGAACAUCUGGUAUCGCCGGACAAUUGCCUCGAGGACAGCUCUAUACUAAAGCAGGAUCUAGAGCUCCUCUAAAUGUGACGACACGGAAUAUGAUGCCUGAUGACGCAACGACUCCAAUAUUUCUAACAUCGCAAGCCGACUAUCCUUUUGUGGCUAAUAGAGUCUUCGGAUUACUUGUCAGCUACAACUGCACCGUGGUAAAAUCUGCGGAUGAGUUUACUAUCUUAAAUCAACGACGAAAUUUGUCCGACAUUAUGAAUACGAACCCAACAGGCAACGUCGUGCUUGACCCAACCGACGAAGAAAAUAAUACAAUAGUAACCUUGCUUAGGAGGAAUAUGACGAGACUUAGCCAACCAUACGUAAAUGCCACCAUGGAGGUCGGAACCAGUAUACCAUGGAUAAAUUUUACACAAACAAAUAAGUACACUUAUCCAGCCUACUCCGCUAUAGAUGAGUUUCCUGGAAUCAACAAGCCCGUACUGUUGGAGGUCGCUUUGUGGCAAGCAAUACCGGAGAACCGGGUACUUGGAUAUUACGGCUAUGUAAAUAUUACCGUCCGCGGCGUCGAAAAGAAUGAACUUCAGGAUUUACGCGGCAUAUAUCCAAACCAAACAGCAGUUGGCUGCCGGUGUUUUGCCAGUUCAGAUGUUGGAUUUGCAGAUGUGGAUGGAAUUACGGCAUCUUAUUCCAAUUUUACUUCCGCAGAUCCAAGACUUCGGGGUGGUGACCUCUCUAGCACUUACAUUACUCCCUUACGGUUUGAACACGGAGUCGCAAAUCGAGUGGUAUCUGCCAAAUAUUGGACCAUUAACGGCAUUCCUAUUUCUAUGGAGUAUGGGCCAGGGACUCCUCUUUUCACCGACUGGUACUAUAACUUAUUAACCAGUACGGGGUUUUAUUGGAGGGAGUUGCGUAACACAGACCGGGGGGACGAGUACUUGAGCAGUGUCAUUCAAGCAGACGAUUUAAGAUCGACGUUGCUGAGAAUACACCAUUCAUACGCUUUACAGCUGAUGUACGAUGGUACUGUGGAUACAUCACUGAGUUGGUCUAAUCCCAACAUCACGCUUGCAACUCCAGGAAAGGUCCUCGUGCGGGGGGUUGUCCCUCCUGAAGUUAUUUUGGCUAUGCUCGCUUCGUGGACCUUGGGAAUCGUUACUCUUGCUGCUAUAUACCAAUUCCGACGCCGAUGGACGCAGAAAUUGAAUACGUUCAAUAUGUUUAUUUUGGGGUUGAAUAUAAAUGACUCGGUUGGUAUAGAACCUGAGGAUCUAGUGAGAGGCAAUAAAAAGAAUUUGGAGAAGCUGCCUGGGACGAUUGGCGAUUUGAAUGCGGGAGGAUCAGUUGGAGUUAUUGGCCUUACGAGAGGGGUUGGAACAGUGGCGAGGAGAAAUAAACCCUAUUAG